AUGGACAGCUACGGAAACAUUUAUCCUUUGACAAACCCUCUUGUGCUUAUCACAUCUUGCUUUGCAGUGGCUGGAUGGAUCAUUGCUUUCGUAGGCGCUUGUGUCGCUGCAUUGCAUGGAAUUGCAUGGUGGAUUAUCAUUUUCGAGCUAUUCUUUACGGUGGGAGUAGUGGUGGCCUUGGGAUUAGGAGGAUUCCUACCGCAUCGUGGCAUGCUUCUCACGUUGCUAGCCAUUAGCUUUGUCUACCUCACCUAUAUCAUCCCAUUGAUUAAGGCUGAUGGUACUCCCGGUGGUCGCGCCACUAUGGGUGGUCUUAUCAUUUUGAUCAUUAUGCAGGGCUUUUGGAUCUUCUUGCUCGGCAUUUCGGAGGAGUCUCGUCUCUAUCCACUCUUUUAUGGUCGCAACAAUGUCAACAUCCCAAACAUCUCUUCGUCUAUUCGCCCAAGUAACUUCCAAUCCAGCUACUCUCGUAAUAAGGAAAACCCUCUGCCAUCCAUUGGUUCUUCAAGUCCCGGUGAAGGCGAAGCUGGAUCCUACACCACUGCAAAGGCUAUGCACACAUAUCGUGCCAACCCCCAAGAUCCAAGUGAGCUUUCCUUCUCCAAGAAUGAGGAGCUAGAGAUCAUUGAUCGUAACGGCAACUGGUGGAAGGCUAGGAAGCAAGAUGGCUCCGUUGGCAUUGUGCCCAGCAAUUAUUUCUCUUCUGUUUAA